ACUUAACCGUUGGAAGAGGAACUCAUCUCCACCCAAGAUGUUGUGUUUGAAGACGCCUGUUUUCCUGUUACUGAUAAGCUGCGUCUCGUGCCAGCCGCCUCAGGGUGUGCUGCCCUUCAUGCCGAGGCCCCCAGCUCCCGGCCCUUGCCCUGUGGUGCCUGUAGUGCAAAAUUUUAACCUACACAGGUACUUGGGUCGCUGGUACGAGAUUGAACGCUUCUUCGCUCCGUUUCAAACCGGCGACUGCGUCACAGCGGACUACGGCUUGCUGCCCAACGGCUCGGUGUCAGUCAUCAACACAGAGGUUGUGGAAGGUGAACUUAACUCAGUGACGGGAUUCGCCACCUUGGGACCCAACCCUUCAGAGGGAAGGCUGGUAGUCGCCUUCCCCUUCUCGUCCGGAGGUUCAUUUUCCGCGGAUGGAGAGCCAAAUUAUACGGUGGUGGCCACGGAUUACGACAAUUACGCUCUUGUUUACUCCUGCUCCUCCUUUGGUGCUGGAAACAAAUUCGAAUUGUCCUGGAUUCUGUCGAGGACGCCCGGCUUGCCGCAACAGUUCGUGUAUGAAUUGAAGAAAUGGGCCACUUUGGUGAACAUUGACGCGGCCCGUUACUCGCCCCUCAAGCAGGACAACACUUGUCUGCGCCGCCAAAUAUAAUUUUUUUUACUUCGAAAUUUUGUACUUCAUUGAAUUAUACAUUUUCAAGAUAA